AUGUACAACAGAAGAGCAGAAACUCGCGAACGGAGUGGUCCUCGCAUAAGCGAGUAUGAGGUGCAGGAGGAGAUCGGCAGAGGCUCCUUUGGGUGUGUUCGCAAAGUGUUGCAGUUGUCUACCGGCAAGAUCAUGGUACGCAAGGAAAUCCAGUAUGGCCAUAUGAACUCAAAGGAAAGACAACAACUUAUCUCUGAGUGCGCCAUCCUUAGUCGAUUGAAACAUGAAAAUAUUGUUGAGUUUUAUGAGUGGGAUUCCGACAAAAAUGUCUUAUACUUCUACAUGGAGUACUGCAGCAAUGGCGACCUUUCUCAAAUGAUAAGCAAUUUUAAAAAAGAAUGUAAAUACAUUCCUGAGAAAGUCGUAUGGAGCAUAACCGCUCAGAUUUUGACGGCAUUAUACCGGUGCCACUAUGACUCUGACCUUGCUCCCUUGGAAACAAUUUAUGACAAGAUGAAAUUUCCUGUUAAAGGUUCCAAUGUCGUUAUCCAUAGAGAUUUGAAACCAGGAAACAUAUUCUUAAGUACAGGUAAACCUUCUGAUCAUCCAAAAACCUCCCAAGUUUUGGAUUAUAACAAGGUCUCUGUUAAGCUCGGUGAUUUCGGUCUUGCCAAAUCUCUAGGUUCCAGUGUCGAGUUUGCAACGACUUAUGUGGGUACCCCUUAUUAUAUGUCUCCUGAGGUGCUUAUGGACCAGCCGUAUUCACCCCUGAGUGAUAUAUGGUCCCUGGGUUGUAUCAUCUAUGAGAUGUGCACAUUGCGUCCGCCAUUUCAAGCCAAAACUUACAUCGAUUUGCAGAGGAGAAUUCAAGCUGGCAAAUUUGAUCGCAUUCCAGACUACUACUCCAACGAACUUCAGCAGGUCAUCGAUUCCUGCAUAAAUCCUGACAUUCAAUCGCGUGCUUCGGCUUUUUCACUACUUCAAAACAUGCAGCUUCGCAUUGCAAGAAAAGCUUUCCAGUUAGAAAGGUUCGAGGACAACUUGAUGGACUAUGAGAAAGAACUUAUGAAUAUUGGUAACAUAUUAGAGCGACAGGCUGGUGAAUAUGAAGCAGAAAUGAACAACAUCAAACACCAAUACCGGAAAGAAUUUGAGUUCACCGUAGAACAGCGAGUAAGAGAAAUCCUGAAUGGGAAGAAAGUAAGUGGGACACCGGACUUGAUGACCGCAAAACCUCACCUCCAUAGACCAGACUACCACUGGCGGGUCAAGGGGCGGUAA